CAUGUAUCUCAAGAGGAUAUUAUAUGAUAGUACACAGGUACAAUACAUAUACAAUCAUGUAGUAUUGAACACCAUUUCCAAUUAUUUUGAUACAAACUUGUUUGUAUUCUGGCACGACCUCAAGUCCUUCACUCCUGGUGUAUCAGAAGGUUCCUUUUUAAAAUCAUUGGAGCAAUUUAGCUUGAAGAAAGGACAUGUAAGAAAAAAAAUAUUGUUGUAAAUUAAUUUAUAACUUUUUCCAGUACAUACUGUUSAAGCUGGAUUUUAKYAUUUUUUUAUCACAUCACAUUUAAAUAUUGCACAUGUGUAAAGAUCUAUGCAAUGUYAUGAUUUUGCAGUCAUGAAAAAGUUUGGUUAUUGUAUCAUUGUAUUCUAAACUCAUGUUUUUGCCUUGCUAGGUUGGARUUAUAAAUAAGACAGCAUUCUCUAAUGCUUUCAAAGAAUGGAAGUUCUGUCAAGAAUAUGAAUUAGAUGUCAUCCGCAAUCAUGAYUGGCUUAAGUGCCCAGCUUGUUAUGAGGAACAGCAUUCAGUUCAUGUUGACGGAAAUAUGAAGCUGUAUGGAUUCAAAUCAGCUGGAUUGUGAGUUAGAAAGAAAUAUCCCUGAAAAAAUGAUGUCUCAUGUUCUGAAGAAAUAUCAUCUAUUAUUUAUUUAACAGGMAAAAAAGAGAAUGCUAUUACAAGGCUGCUUUUAUCRUUCCAACUGAASAAGUGGACAAGCACAUCCAAAAAAUGUACAAGGGUGCAAAACAGAAGGUACAUCUUAUCACAUGUUCUAUCAUGGUAGCUUUUUAUACCAAGCAUUUUAAAAUSAUUUCUAUUUCAUAACUAUAUGUGCAAUGCUUUCACAUUGUUGUUGGUGCUUUUAAUACAGAUCUCCCAAGAUGAUAACAAGUGUGGUGAGACCAGUUGAUAAUUUUAUUGUUGUCUUAUGAUAAAUGUAGUAUGCAUAAAACAAUGUGUACACACAAACAUAAGUAUAUAUGGAAAUGAUAUAAGGAAAUAUAGUGUCUUUUCUUCUGUUCCAUCACACUCAUAUUAUAUUUCUUGGUGCAUUUUGCCAUUACUUAGAUGCAGAGAAGUUAGGCUCACGAAAAGGCAUAUCUUUGUCUCCAGUUGAAGAGUCAUGGCUAGCUCAUAUUUCCAGCUUUCAACCAAGACCUUCUUCAUAUAGCAGUCUCCUUGCAGCUUCAGAGAGAGUUUUUGGAGUAAAGAAAAUAAGCUCCAUAUCACCCAAGCAUUGUCCUGAGAAUCAACCCUGAAAAAUAAGAUAGAAAGCUUCCUACAAGUCAAUUGAAAACUGCCACAAUGCAAUCUCUGUUAUUUCAACAAAUAUGGGAAAGCUUGCUGAUUCGUCAAAACAAAGAAACAAGCUCAGAAAGAAGAUAUCCAAAGAGAAGACCACCAUGAAGGAACUCAUAUCUUUACUCCAAGAUAUUCAUUCAGAUCCAGAGAUUUCUAUGAAUGACAUUGAAAAUGGAAUCUUUUACUGGCAGUGCAGAGAGGAAGACAUCGAGGAUGCAGUGCCUGUUCAAACCAAGAGAUUGGUGGUUGAUAAAUACAUGGAGGUUGAUCGUUUUAGAGAAGAACUUGUUUUAUUGAAGAAAGAGAUGUUCAGCUACAUAAAAUUUUACAAGCUGACUGCUCUCAGACAACAACUACUAGACUUAGAUGCCUCCAUCAAGCAAUACAAAGAGAAUGUUGAUUUUCCAGUAACUGCCUCUGUAUGUAGCAAGUCAAAGAAUUGGUAUGAAUCUCCAAUGGCAGCCCUCRGCAUUCUAGAGGGAAAGAAGGCCCUCACCUUGUAAGGCAUAAGAUCUGCUGUGCAUCAAAUUGCAACUGGCCUUCAAGCCUUUGCUCCAGUACUGGGUAUAGACUUGGAACAAUUCCGUGAUAUGCCAAGUCCUGAUGAAGAAGAGCUUGUUGCUUCAGAAAGUGAAGAAGAGGAAAGUGACCAAGAGGCGGAAGAGGAUUUGGAAGUUGACAAGCAUGUAGUUUUACAUUCCGUAAAAGAUGUUUCACUAGCUUGUGAUUUUCAAGUUAGUGUUGAAUCUCCAGCUAAUGGAGUGUACUGCUGGUGGUUUCCUGAAGAAAUCAGUCAAGRUUGCUACAAUGGGAGAAAUGGAAGUAGUGCAUGUAGUGUCAUAUAAUUAAUUAUUGGCUAUGUCAUGAGUAAAGGAAAUGUACCACUUCCACCUUGUAGUCUACAACAACCUUUACCAGAUUUAUUAGUUAAAGCCAUAUGUGGAUCCAUACAACUCGGAAAUCAUCUUUAUGAUGUCUGUAGAGAAAGUUUACCAGCAAGAUAUCUUUCAAUUGAGGAAGCUGCUUCAGUAUUACGACCGUGUCUUCAGAUUUCUGCUGAUGAUCCACUGCCUAUUCGUUUAACAGAUGAGCAUGAAUUGUCAACAUUGUGUGGACAGUUGGCACAGUCAGGAGAAAACAACACUGCAAGCAUCAUCAUCAAUGAAAGAACCUCCACAUUUCAUUUAUCUCAAUGUUACAUUGUAU